CUCCGCUUCGGUGACUGCUUGCCGGGCGGCAGGGCCAGAGUCGUCGCAGCCACCUCAUUGCUCAACCAGGCUUCCCAACUGUUUACACAGCCCGGCCUGUGAGUGUGUGUGUGUGUGUAUACAGCGUGAGUCACCGAGAGGCGGAGGAGGUGGAGGAAAAGGAGAAGGAGGAGUGCACUGGCCGGGAUCGGUGCGGCGCACACACUCACUCACACUCAGUCACUCUCUCCGAGCGCGUCUCGCUCGCUCACACACACGCCGGGAGCCCAGGAGCGCGCAGGAUCCCGAGCGCCGCGGAAAAGUUGCUCCGGCUUUCUCUCCGGGACUUCGGGCUUUCGGAAGUGCAUUCGCUCGGCGGCUCCGGCGAGCCUGCGGAAUCCUGCGCUCGCGGCUCGGGACGUCGGGAACACCAGCCGCCGCCGCCUCUGCCUCCGGGACUGUCGGCGGCCUCGACAACAAUAGCGGCGGCCGCCUCCGGCCAGGCGCCCCGAGCCGGUGCCCGCGGAGAUCCCGGACCCCAGUCGGACUCUGCUCCCUCCGGACGCGCGGCCAGCGUGCUUCCCGCGUGCAACGCGAGCGCCCGGGAGCUGCUCCUGCCUCGCCCCCCGUGGGGGCUGAGCCGAACUCCGUCUGCAAAGUCCAUCCCGCCCGCUGGAGUAGGUCUCGGCGCCGGCGCCGAGCCCGCAGCGCCUUCCCGCGCGGAUCCCGGGACCUACAAAGCCGGGGCUGCCCCGGCCCGGGACGGGAUGCGGGUCGGUCCUGUGCGCUCUGCCAUGAGCGGCGCCUCGCAGCCCCGCGGCCCGGCCUUGCUGCUCCCGGCCGCCCGGGGCACCCCGGCCAAACGCCUGCUGGACGCGGACGAUGCGGCUGCCGUGGCGGCCAAGUGCCCGCGCCUCUCCGAGUGCUCGAGUCCCCCGGACUACCUCAGCCCCCCCGGCUCGCCCUGCAGUCCGCAGCCGCCGCCCGCCGCGCCGGGGACUGGCGGCACCUCCGGGAGCGCGGCGGGACCCAGCCGCAUCGCAGACUACCUGCUGCUGCCCCUGGCGGAGCGCGAGCAUGUGUCCCGGGCGCUGUGCAUCCACACCGGCCGGGAGCUGCGCUGCAAGGUGUUUCCCAUUAAACACUACCAGGACAAAAUCAGGCCUUACAUCCAGCUGCCGUCACACAGGAACAUCACCGGCAUUGUGGAAGUGAUCCUUGGCGAAACCAAGGCCUAUGUGUUCUUUGAGAAGGACUUUGGGGACAUGCACUCCUAUGUGCGCAGCCGGAAGAGGCUGCGGGAAGAGGAGGCUGCCCGGCUCUUCAAGCAGAUCGUUUCCGCUGUUGCCCACUGCCACCAGUCGGCCAUCGUGCUUGGGGACCUGAAACUUAGGAAAUUCGUCUUCUCCACGGAGGAGAGAAGCCAGCUCAGACUGGAAAGUCUAGAAGACACACACAUCAUCAAGGGGGAGGACGAUGCUCUGUCAGACAAACAUGGCUGCCCGGCCUAUGUGAGCCCUGAGAUUCUGAACACCACGGGGACCUACUCCGGAAAGGCGGCUGACGUUUGGAGCCUUGGGGUGAUGCUCUACACCCUCUUGGUGGGCCGCUACCCCUUCCAUGACUCAGAUCCCAGUGCCCUCUUCUCCAAAAUCCGCCGUGGACAGUUCUGCAUUCCUGACCACAUCUCCCCCAAAGCUCGGUGCCUCAUCCGCAGCCUCCUGCGGCGGGAGCCCUCUGAGAGACUCACUGCUCCCGAGAUCUUACUCCAUCCCUGGUUCGAGUCUGUCUUGCAACCUGGCUACGUCGACCCAGAAAUAGGAACUUCAGACCAGAUUGUUCCAGAGUACCAAGAGGACAGUGACAUUAGUUCCUUCUUCUGCUAAUCCCCAAACCUCAGAAACCUCAUAAUUCUCACACUUGGCAUUUCCAUUUCUAAAGAUGGACAGGCCUUGCGGCUGCCAGCCAGAUACGUGACGGCGUGAAGAUUGUAGCUGCUGACCUCAACGGG